UGUUGAAAAAUGCCUCCAAAAAAGAAAGAUGUACCGGAGAAGUUGCCACCCAUCAUUGGUCGGAUGGGAACAAAUCUUAAAGUUGGUAUAGUUGGCCUACCAAAUGUUGGGAAAUCGACAUUCUUCAAUGUUCUGACAAAAAGCAUGGCUGCCGCAUCAAACUUUCCUUUUUGCACAAUAGAUCCGAACGAAAGUAGAGUAGCUGUCCCAGAUGAACGGUGGAACUUUCUAUGCCAAUAUUACAAACCACUCAGCAAAGUCCCUGCAUAUCUUAAUGUAGUAGAUAUCGCUGGUCUAGUGAAAGGAGCCCACGAAGGCCAGGGUUUAGGCAAUGCCUUCCUGUCUCACAUUAGCGCCUGCGAUGCCAUCUUCCACAUGACGAGAGCGUUUGAGGACGACGACAUCUCGCACGUGGAAGGUGACGUCAACCCGGUGCGCGACAUGGAGAUCAUUAUGGAGGAGCUUCGCAAGCGCGACGAAGAGUACAUCGGCAAACACUACGGCACGAUGUCCAAGAGCGCGACGCGUAACGACAAGAAGGACAAGGCUGAAUUCGAGGCUCUAACCAAGAUACAACAUAUUGUGUGUGAGGACAAGAAGCAUGUGAGGUUUGGAGAAUGGGAUGUUACAGAGAUUGAAGUGCUCAACCAGCAUCUGUUUUUGACUGCCAAACCUGUCAUCUAUCUUGUCAAUCUAUCAGAGCGAGAUUACAUCAGGAAGAAGAACAAAUGGCUUUUGAAAAUCAAGGAGUGGGUUGACAAGAAUGACCCUGGUGCCAUGAUUAUCCCAUUUAGCGGUGCGUUGGAGACAAAGCUCCUGGAGAUGGCAGAUGAGGAGAGGGCCCCCUACCUGAAGGAGGCAGGAUGUACCAGCGCCUUGGACAAGAUCAUUACACAUGGCUACAAGCAAUUGCAGCUGCAGUACUUCUUUACCACGGGCCCGGAUGAGGUGAAAGCUUGGACCAUCAUGAAAAACACAAAGGCUCCCCAGGCAGCUGGGCGAAUUCACACAGACUUCGAGAAGGGCUUUAUCAUGGCAGAAGUGAUGAAGUUCAAUGACUUCAAGGAGGAAGGGACGGAGGCAGCGGCGAAGGCAGCAGGCAAGUACAGGCAGCAGGGCAGAAACUACAUCGUAGAUGAUGGAGACAUCAUUCUCUUCAAGUUUAACGCAGGUGCUGGCUUGUCAGAUAAGAAGAAGGUGAAGUGAGGCAUGCAGGGGACGUGCAGAUCUUCUCUCCUGGUUGAACUGUAUCGAGCGGUGGCACGGUGUAUUGUGUGCGCCAGGUCAUAACCGACGCGUGUCUGCAUGGGCGUGUGACCACUCCUGCCUUCAUCGUCCUUGGUGUGUCAUAGAUGUCUGAGUGAGUGUUGAUGGCAAGAUGUGCGGUUUGAAUCUUUGUUACGAUACCACCGUGGCGUAAGCGAGAGAACAGGUACAUGCAACAUGGGAGUGACUUCGUCCUGCAUCCAUAAAAACGUCAUAAAUGUGAUUUACUUAGUGACAGUGCCACGGGUUUGCAACCAAAACUCGUGUGAUUUUUUGUAGCUCUCGUACUACGCCCUAGAAUUUUUAUCAACAGGGAAUAUGGAAGAUGUUCGUUCUCUUGUUCAAUGUGCUGUCUGUCAAACUUGAUUCUUCACUAGCGAAACCGUGUUUGAAAUUAGCAAUGAAAUUCGGGAAUAGCUUAGGAAGGGAUGAGGGAUUUGUUUUCAUGAAACCAUAUGACCUCAUUUUCCCUCCAAGAAUUGGUUCCUUGCUCGUGCAUCGAUUGAUAGUCUAGCCACUUGUUGAGUUUGUAUUUUAUUAUUUGGAUUAGUUGAACAUGAUUAUGCAUAACAUCUGCGUGUGACUGGCAGUAGUUUUUCCACAUGCUUCAUGAUUAGUGCUGCUUAGGCAUUUUUAUGGCAUCAGUGUGACAAUGACGCAACUUGAUGGUUUCACACCAGCAGGGAACAUACGUGGGCGUGUGAAACUUCUCGAAAUAAAAGUAAAAGAUUUAAUGACGUGUAUUUAUUAA